AUGUCGGGUCCCACCAUCAAGCUCAACAGCGGCCAUGAGAUGCCCCAGGUCGGCUUCGGCCUGUGGAAGGUCGACAACGCCGUCUGUGCCGACACUGUUUACAACGCCAUCAAGGCCGGCUACCGUCUCUUGGACGGCGCAUGCGGUGAGUCUUGUUGUCCUUUUGUUGCCGUUCGUGUUGCUCUCUACCUCGUCUCUUCGCGCUCUUUUGCCCGCUUUGUACUCGCGGUGACCCCGCCAAUUGUGCCUCGCGGCACACAACCCCUCCUGUGCCGUGUCUGCAGCCAUGUGCGAUUUUGUCUUGCGCAAUCUUAUGCACGCCCUGUGUUGAGACGGGACGGCUGGGAGGCGGGGGGAUGGGAGCGAAGGGGGGCGAAGGGGGCCGAAAGGGCGAAGAGUCGACGAGGGGACUACGGCAACGAGGUCGAGUCGGGUCAGGGUGUGGCCCGUGCCAUCAAGGAGGGCAUCGUCAAGCGUGAGGACCUUUUCAUUGUCUCCAAGCUGUGGAACUCGUUCCACGAUGGCGACCGCGUCGAGCCCAUCACCCGCCGCCAGCUCAAGGACUGGGGCAUCGACUACUUUGACCUGUUCAUUGUGCACUUCCCGCUCGCCCUCGAGUGGGUCGACCCCGAGGUCCGCUACCCGCCCGGAUGGCACUACGACGACGCCGGCACCGAGGUCCGCACCUCCAAGGCCAGCAUCCAGGAGACCUGGACCGCCAUGGAGUCGCUCGUCGAGAAGGGCCUGACCAAGAGCAUCGGCGUGUCCAACUUCCAGGGCCAGCUGCUGUACGACGUGCUGCGCUACGCCAAGAUCCCGCCCGCCACGCUGCAGAUUGAGCACCACCCGUACCUGGUGCAGCCGCGGCUGCUGCAGCUCGCCAAGCGCGAGGGUGUGGCCGUGACGGCAUACUCGUCGUUUGGCCCUGCCUCGUUUGAGGAGUUCAAGAUGGCCGACGCCGAGGCGCUGACGCCGCUGUUCGAGGUGCCGCUGAUCAAGGAGCUGGCGGCCAAGUACAAGAAGUCGGCGGGCCAGAUCCUGCUGCGCUGGGCGACCCAGCGCGGCCUGGCCGUCAUCCCCAAGACGCAGACGGCAUCGCGGCUGGCAGAGAACCUGGACGUCGUGGCCUGGGACCUGGACGCCAAGGACGUGGAGGCCAUCUCCGCGCUGGACAAGAACACGCGCUUCAACCAGCCCACAAACUACUUUGAGACGGACAAGCUGAUUCUGUUCGCUUAA